UAGAGCAGAAAGGCAUGCAGAAGCCAGUCAUUCAGUCAUUUAGUCAACUGUUUUCUCUGUUGCCGACUGCCGUUUCGUACAGCUCUGAGGAUCAGAUCGGAACUGCAUUCAACUUUCUUCGUAUUGUUUCUCCUUGCGGGACAUUCUGAUCUUACUGUAUUCCACUUUGGCUGCUGAUGUGCAUGAAUACUGGAGUGGGUAGGACUGGCUUGCUGUGCUGCCUUCACUGCCAAAUUAUGGAGACGGGAGCCCUGUGAGAAAUUUGACCUUCGUGAAGCUCAAAAAGGGGAGGAACCUCAUAAGAUGGUUUGAUUUAGUACAGAGAGAGUGAUCCUCACAAGUGGAGUGGAGUCUUCUCUGUGACAAAGACAGAAGUUUGUUUUUUGGGAGUUGGGUGCAGAGGUGCUGGGUCCGACCCCGAGGUGGUGGAUUUGAGGGGUUUGGAGAAAAGCAUCACAUUUUGCCAAGGAGAAUUUUUUGUUUUUGUUGAAGACAUUUUUAAACAUUACAACAUGGCUGGGAUGUAUGGAUGCUUCAAGAGAAAAUGAAGCGGAGGAUGUCAGCACUGGGAGCCGGUUUAGGAGGUGGGCGCAGCAGUGAAAGCAGUGCCAUGGCGUCCGGACCUCCAGAUGUGAUGACCAAUCAGGAGGCUGCUGAGGCCGCAGAGGAAUGCUCAGGAAAGAAGAAGUCCAAGUUUCAGACAUUUAAAAAAUUCUUCACUAGAAAGAAGAGAAAGGAGCCAUCGUCCUCUGGAGCAGAAGCAGCACUUAAAGGCAGCCAAUCAACUGACAACAUUAGCAAAACAUCUGAAAAUAACACACUCACACAAUCUGAGAAAGAGAAGGGCUCUGGGUCAAAGAUCAGCCUGGGCAGCAAAGCCUUGUCACAUGACUCCGUCUUUGUUUCGGACUCUUCUGAGGCCAACGAGGCUCUGGGGGCGUCUCAGGACAGCAUUCAUGGGAAAGUCAAGUCACUGCAGCUCCAGUUGAAGCAGGCCAUUAGACUGGGCUCUCCUCCGUCCCUGAUGUGCGUCAAGAGGACAGAAGACAUGGGAACCAUGUCGGAGGAUGACGGUCUACCCUGCAGUCCACCUGAAUACACGACCCACACAGCCCUGGCUCAGGUUCAGGGGAACAGCUCCAUUAGUUUGGAGGGAACAGACAGUGAUGAAGACCAGCUGUCCUGUGCUGCGUCCAGUAGAGCAGUGAGCCCCCUGGUGGUGGUCCCGGGGGAUUUCAGUCAGCCGGCCAGUCCGUUCGCCUGCCUGGAUAACUCUGCAGCCAAACACAAGCUGGGCCUGAGACACAAAGCCUGCAACAAGAGGAAACCUGCCAACAGGCUGGAACUGAAAGCAGAGGGAGACUCUGUGGUGGAGGACAUUCUCAGCAGCUCCGUAUCAGAAGCUGUGGAGGAGAACAAUGAACAGAAGGUCAAAGAUGCAAGUGCUGAUGAGUUCAAACCAAAGGAGGAGGAAGAGGAGGAGGAGGAGGAGGACAAAGACCAAGCAGAGCAUUCCAGACAAUCCCUGUUAAGUGAUAAGGAGGAGAGGGAGGAGUCAUCCUCUGAGCCGGAAGUAGAACAGGAUGUUUGUGAUGGGCCAGACACUUCCUGUCCUCCUGAAACGGGUCUGUCAGAGGAGGAGGCACCAGAGGCCCGGCCCUCGUCCUCCUCUGUGGACAGUCCCAGAGGAACACCAGAGCCCCCUGUUGGUCAGAGAGAGUACCUGAUGGACCCUCCAGGCACUGUUUAUGAGACAGAGGAGAACAGGGACCGAAGUGACUCUGAGCUGGGACUGACAGGAGGAGAAGAUGGAGAGCAGGAAACUGAAGAAGAAGAAGAAAAAGAAGAGAGUUCCUUCCUACAAGAGGUGCUCAGCUCAUUGAAGACCCCCUUGAAUUCUCUGGUGGAGACUGAAAGUAUCGUCCUGGAGAUGGAGAUGGAGCAGGAAGAAGGGAAGAACAGGGAAGAUGAAAAGGAAGAGGAGGAGGAAGAAAAGGCAGAGACAGAAGAAGGAGAGGAGGUAAAGGAGGAGGAGGAGGAUGUGGAGGAAGCUGUCAUGGAUCAGGCUGUUGUCUCAGGCUCUUCAGUCUCAGAUCAGAACACCAAAGAAGAAGAAGAAGAGGAGGAGGUCACCACGACCACCGCUUCCUACAACGACGCCAAGGAAGAGGUGAAGCAUGUGGAAGAAGAGGAGGAGGAAGAAGACAGUACAGAGGAGGAGGAAGAGGAGGAAGAGGAGCUAGUUGUGGAACACUUCAGUCAGUAUGAUCAGGUGGAGGAAGUAGAAAAAGAUGUGGAGAAAACGGAAGCAGAGGAGGAAAACAGUUUACAUGCAAAACAAACUGACAACCAAAUGGAGGAAGAAGGAGAAGAAAAGAAGACAGAGGAGAAAGAGGAGGAGGAAGAGGAAGAGGAGAAAGAGGAGGAGGAGGAGGAGGAAGAGGAGGCCAAAGAGCUGGAGCAGGAGCCUGAGGCAAAGGGAGAGAAGCUGGAGAAGACCGUAGAGGAUGACAAAGAAGAUGAGGUAGAAGUGGAGGAAAAAACUGAGGAAGUAGAAGAGCCAGAAGAAGCAAAGGAAGAUGAGAAAGAAGACAUACAAGAGAAGACGUUUUCUGAAGCAGAUGGUGGAGAAAUGGUGGUGGACCUGGAGGAGACAGCUGAUGAUGUCAAUGCUGUCAACAAAGACGAGAUGGAGUAUGAGAAACAUGGAGAUCAAAUCUUACCGGGGCAGGAGGAGGAGGAUUUUGUGAUGAUGCAUGAGAGCCAGAAAGCUUUAGACCAAAUGGAGCCCAAAGAGCAAAACUUAGACCAAGAAAAAGACACAGCAGCAACGGAACCCAAUGUGGAAGAAAGAACAAGUGAACAAGACGAGGAACAGGAAAGCAUACAAGAGUUUCCUCAAGAAACCAAACAAGAGAAAGAGCCAAGUGACGUGGACACGAGUGUUUCUUCCAGACCUUCUUCUCUUACCCCACCACAGACUCCCACUAGUCCCUCUAAGACCAGUACGAUCCACAUAAACCUAGUCUCUCCUAGCGCAGAGAAAUCCGCCUCUUGUUUUCCGCUUCCUCCGUCCACUGUCGAAGCCAAAGAAAGCACGUCCACAGCUGAAGAGCCAGGGAACGAAGUGGAAAAAGCAGAAGAAGAAGAAGCAGCAAAACAGUCAUGUGACGCAGCGACUGCCACGAAUAAAGAAGCUAAAGUUUCUGCCCCCGCAGACGAAACGUCCAAAGUUCGCUUCACCAUCACCCCAGCCUGGCAGAGAUCACUGUCCAUCGGAGACAAAGACAGUUCCACUCUUCCGUCUUCUUCUCCUGCUGUUGGAGGAACGACCGUGGAGGAACCCCUGGACAAACCAGAGUCCAGUUCAGCCAAAACUGAACUGGUGUUGAGCCCAAGUAGAGCAAAGCCUGUAGAGAUGACCACCACCAAACCACAGUGGAACACAUCUGCCAGCCCUGGUAAACCUCAGAUGGAGGCUAAGGAUGAGAGCUCAGUCGUCGUGGAAGGAAACCCCAACAAUCCGUUUGGAGUCCGUCUGAGGAAGACGUCAGCGCUGCACCGCUUCAGCUCUGAGGAGGAAAACGCAGAGCCUGUCCAUGAGUCUUCACCUCAGCCCAGCAGCUGUACAGCUGACACACCACAGCCGCUCGGCGUUAAACCCUCAGUCAGUCAGCCCAUGAGCAACAAGCCUGCUCUUCCCAAGAAACCAGAGGUGACAGGCGACGGCGGAGGCAAGACCAAACGGAUCUUAGAUCCAAGUGCAGCUCGUGGUGGAUCUGAUCCUCCCAGCUGGAUCUCUGUGGCCAAACAGAAACAGAAGGUCUACAAAGAAAACUCACUGGACAACACAGCUGUCCACAAGGAGGAACAAGAGAGGAGGUCUUCACUACCGAUGAACAGCAGCUCCAAUAAGACCCCUGAAUCCUCCAGCAAAGUGAGUCCGUUGGAGCUCAACAAGUCCUCAGCAUCUGUAGAAAAGGAGUCCAGGAGGUCUCUGUCUCCUCCAACCCCAGUACCCCCCCAACCUUCAAAGUCCCCGUCCCUUCCCUUCCCUGUCCCACCUAAACCCCACGUCACCACCUCCACCACGCCAAAACCCUCACCUCAGCGAUCGCUGUCCCCGCCCACUCCGGUUCCAGUUGCCCAAAGGCCUCCCUCCUGCACGAGCCCACCGUCCACCUCCAAACCCGCCCCUUCCCUCCCCACGGGCAACAUGACACUGACCUCCCCUCCUUUUUCAUCAUCGAGAACCACCCCUGCGCAAUCCGCAGGUUCUAGCCCAACCCCGGCUGCCCAGCGAGGAGUGCCUUCUCCGGCCCUGACCCAGGACGAACCCCCCUGGAUGGCCCUGGCUAAGAAGAAGGCCAAAGCCUGGAGCGAGAUGCCGCAGAUUGUCCAAUGACGGACUGAGGGAGGCAGUAGUACACUAGUUAGCCCAAAACUGGCUCAACGGGUUCAGUCAGACCUGAAAGUGGAGAAUAUAAGUGAUGGUCAAGUGGACUGAGAGUCUGGAUGGACCAGAUUGCAUUUGCAUGCAAAGUGUAGUUUUCCUUUUUUUUUUUUUUUUUUUUGUUUUCCUGGUUUAUGGUAUGGCUUCAGAUUGGUACAAACCUUCUAAUCACACAGCAAAGAGUUGAACCUCUAACAUCCACCAGAUCAUUGGUGACCAAUGUUAGGGUUAGUGUUACAUUUCAGACAUGUUUUAA